AUGGCUCCGGAUGUUACUAAUGAAUAUACUAUAUCUUCUAUUGACUUUAGAGAUACCAAUGAGGCUUCUGGUAACUUUACAGAUACCAAUGAGGCUUCUGGUAACUUUACAGAAUCCAGUGCACUUCCUACAUCUGCUUUGGAAACGUCCAAAACAUCUGCCAUUCCUGGAUAUAAAUCAACCAAUCACAAUAUAUCUACAAAACCACUGACUACAUCACCUCUAUUCUCAUCAGAACCCAGCAUUUCUCUAUCACAGUCUACUAAGGCUCCUAAUUUAUCUGCUGUUUUAUCAACAUCAGAAACCAGGACAGUUUCUUUACCAAAAACUGAACAGUCUACUGAAUUGAAUUUCAGUCCAUCUGAGAAUACCUCACAUGAAACAUUUACUUCUUCACCUCUAAUAUCACUAAAAGCAACAAUAACUGAAACAAAGAGUUCCAAAAUUAUUUCAGCUUCAGAAGCAACGAGCAGAUCUGAACAGGUAUCCUCUGAAUAUGAAACCAGUUUUGGCUUUACAUCUACAGAACAAAUUACUACAUCAUCCACAUUUCUGUCAGAACCCAGCGUAUCUAUAUCUUCAUCUACUGAGGACUCCAGUGCAUCUGCUAUUGUUUCCACAUUAGAACCUAGCCCAGCUCCAAUCAAUACCUCAGAGAGCACCAGUGCAUCUGCUUCCUCAUCUACUGAGAAAAUCACUACUUAUGAGUCAUCAUCAAAAUUUCAAACAUUUACUGAUACAACCAUCAAUGAAUCAUCUGCCUUUUCAUAUAUAACAUCACCUGAGGCAACACUUAAAGAAACAUCAGGUACAAAUAUGAUUUCAGCUUCAGAGGCAACAAGCAGAUCUGACCUGUCAUCCUCUGAAUAUGAUCCACAAGAAACAGUGAAGCAAGAAUCCAGUACAAAUAGGACUUCAGCUGCAGAAACAGCAAGUGGACCUGAGCUGUCAACCUCUGAAUUUGAAACCAUCUUUAAUUUUACAUCUACAGAACCACUGACUACAUCCUCUUUAAUUACAUCAGAACCUCUAUCUCCAUCUACAGAGCCAUCAAGCUCAGCCACUCUUCUUUUUACAGCAAAUCCCAGCACAGUUGCCAAAUAUACCUCAGAAUUUUCCAGCACAUUUGCUUCCACAUCCACUGAAGAAAGUAAUACUCAUGAGUCAUCAUCCAAAAUGCUCACAUCUAUAUUCACGGAAACUUCUGAAAGUGAAAGUGACCCUGUUUCACCAACAACUGAACAAUCUACUGAAUUACAUUCUUUACUAUCUGAGACUACUUCAAAUGAACCAUCUGCUUCUUCAAGUCUAACAUCACCAAAGGCAACAAUAAGGGAAACAUCGCAUACAAAUAUGAUUUCAUCUUCAGAGGCAACAAGUAGAACUGAGCUGUCAACCUCUGAAUAUGAAACACCCUUUGACUCUACAUCAUCUACAUUUACAUCAGAACCCAGCAUUUCUCUAAUCUCCUCUACAGAGCCAUCCAAUUCAGCCACUCUUCUUUUUACAACAGAGCCCAGCAAAGCUGCCAAACAUACUUCAGAAUUUUCCAGCACAGUUACUUCAACAUCUACUGAAGAAAUUAAUACUCAUGAGUCAUCAUCCAAAAUGCUCACAUCUAUAUUCACGGAAACAAUUGCUCAAAAUGUAAGUGACUAUGCUUCCCCAACAACUGAACAAUCUACUAAAUUACAUUCUUUACUAUCUGAAACUACUUCAAAUGAACCAUCUGCUUCUUCAAGUCUAACAUCAUCAAAGGCAACAAUAAGGGAAAUAUCACAUACAAAUAUGAUUUCAUCUUCAGAGGCAACAAGUAGAACUGAGCUGUCAACCUCCGAAAAUGAAACACUCGUUGACUCUACAUCUACAGAAGCACUGACUACAUCAUCUACAUUUACAUCAGAACCCAGCAUUUCUCUAAGCUCCUCUACAGAGCUAUCCAAUUCAGCCUCUCUUCUUUUUACAACAGAGCCAAGCACAGCUGCCAAACAUACUUCAGAAUUUUCCAGCACAGUUACUUCAACAUCUACUGAAGAAAGUAAUACUCUUGAGUCAUCAUCCAAAAUGCUCACAUCCAUAUUCACUGAAACUUCUGAAAGUGAAAGUAACCCUGCUUCCCCAACAACUGAACAAUCUACUGAAUUACAUUCUUUCCUAUCUGAGACUACUUCAAAUGAGCCAUCUGCUUCUUCAAGUCUAACAUCACCAAAGGCAACAAUAAGGGAAACAUUGCAUACAAAUAUGAUUUCAUCUUCAGAGGCAACAAGUAGAACUGAGCUGUCAACCUCUGAAUAUGAAACACCCUUUGACUCUACAUCUGCAGAACCACUAACUACAUCCUCUUUAUUUACAUCAGAACCCAGCAUGUCUCUAAUCUCAUCUACAGAGCAAUCCAAUUCAGCCUCUCUUCUUUUUACAACAGAGCCCAGCACAGCUGCCAAACAUACUUCAGAAUUUUCCAGCACAGUUACUUCAACAUCUACUGAAGAAAGUAAUACUCAUGAGUCAUCAUCCAAAAUGCUCACAUCUAUAUUCACUGAAACUUCUGAAAGUGAAAGUGACCCUGCUUCCACAACAACUGAACAAUCUACUGAAUUAUAUUCUUUCCUAUCUGAGACUACUUUAAAUGAGCCAUCUGCUUCUUCAAGUCUAACAUCACCAAAGGCAACAAUAAGGGAAACAUUGCAUACAAAUAUGAUUUCAUCUUUAGAGGCAACAAGUAGAACUGAGCUGUCAACUUCUGAAUAUGAAACACCCUUUGACUCUAUAACUACAGAACCACUGACUACAUUAUCUACAUUUACAUCAGAACCCAGCAUUUCUCGAAUCUCCUCUACAGAGCCAUCCAAUUCAGCCUCUCUUCUUUUUACAACAGAGCCCAGCACAGCUGCCAAACAUACUUCAGAAUUUUCCAGCACAGUUACUUCAACAUCUACUGAAGAAAGUAAUACUCUUGAGUCAUCAUCCAAAAUGCUUACAUCUAUAUUCAUUGAAACUUCUGAAAGUGAAAGUGCUUCUGCAUCUCCAACAACUGAACAAUCUACUGAAUUACAUUCUUUCCUAUCUGAGACUACUUUAAAUGAGCCAUCUGCUUCUUCAAGUCUAACAUCACCAAAGGCAACAAUAAGGGAAACAUUGCAUACAAAUAUGAUUUCAUCUUCAGAGGCAACAAGUAGAACUGAGCUGUCAACCUCUGAAUAUGAAACACCUUUUGACUCUACAUCUGCAGAACCACUAACUGCAUCCUCUUUAUUUACAUCAGAACCCAGCAUUUCUCCAAUCUCAUCUACAGAGCAAUCCAAUUCAGCCUCUCUGCUUUUUACAACAGAGCCCAGCACAGCUGCCAAACGUACUUCAGAAUUUUCCAGCACAGUUACUUCAACAUCUACUGAAGAAAGUAAUACUCUUGAGUCAUCAUCCAAAAUGCUCACAUCUAUAUUCACGGAAACAAUUGCUCAAAGUGUAAGUGACUUUGCUUCCCCAACAACUGAACAAUCAACUGAAUCACAUUCUUUCCUAUAUGAGACUACUUCAAAUGAACCAUCUGCUUCUUCAAGUCUAACAUCACCAAAGGCAACAAUAAGGGAAACAUUGCAUACAAAUAUGAUUUCAUCUUCAGAGGCAACAAGUAGAACUGAGCUGUCAACCUCCGAAAAUGAAACACCCUUUGACUCUACAUCUGCAGAAGCACUGACUACAUCAUCUACAUUUACAUCAGAACCCAGCAUUUCUCUAAUCUCGUCUACAGAGCCAUCAAAUUCAGCCACUCUUCUUUUUACAACAGAGCCCAGCACAGCUGUCAAACACACUUCAGAAUUUUCCAGCACAGUUACUUCAACAUCUACUGAAGAAAGUAAUACUCAUGUGUCAUCAUCCAAAAUGCUUACAUCUAUAUUCACUGAAACUUCUGAAAGUGAAAGUGCUUCUGCAUCUCCAACAACUGAACAAUCUACCGAAUUACAUUCUUUCCUAUCUGAGACUACUUUAAAUGAACCAUCUGCUUCUUCACUUCUAACAUCACCAAAGGCAACAAUAGGGGAAACAUUGCAUACAAAUAUGAUUUCAUCUUCAGAGGCAACAAGUAGAACUGAGCUGUCAACCUCUGAAUAUGAAACACCUUUUGACUCUACAUCUGCAGAACCACUAACUGCAUCCUCUUUAUUUACAUCAGAACCCAGCAUUUCUCUAAUCUCAUCUACAGAGCAAUCCAAUUCAGCCUAUCUUCUUUUUACAACAGAGCCCAGCACAGCUGCCAAACAUACUUCAGAAUUUUCCAGCACAGUUACUUCAACAUCUACUAAAGAAAUUAAUACUCAUGAGUCAUCAUCCAAAAUGCUCACAUCCAUAUUCACUGAAACUUCUGAACGUGAAAGUGACCCUGCUUCCACAACAACUGAACAAUCUACUGAAUUACAUUCUUUCCUAUCUGAGACUACUUUAAAUCAACCAUCUGCUUCUUCAAGUCUAACAUCACCAAAGGCAACAAUAAGGGAAACAUUGCAUACAAAUAUGAUUUCAUCUUCAGAGGCAACAAGUAGAACUAAGCUGUCAACCUCCGAAAAUGGAACACCCUUUGACUCUACAUCUACAGAAGCAAUGACCACAUCAUCUACAUUUACAUCAGAACCCAGCAUUUCUCUAAUCUCGUCUACAGAGCCAUCCAAUUCAGCCUCUCUUCUUUUUACAACAGAACCCAGCACAGCUGCCAAACAUACUUCAGAAUUUUCCAGCACAGUUACUUCAACAUCUACUGAAGAAAGUAAUACUCUUGAGUCAUCAUCCAAAAUGCUCACAUCUAUAUUCACUGAAACUUCUGAAAGUGAAAGUGCUUCUGCAAUUCCAACAACUGAACAAUCUACCGAAUUACAUUCUUUCCUAUCUGAGACUACUUUAAAUGAACCAUCUGCUUCUUCACUUCUAACAUCACCAAAGGCAACAAUAAGGGAAACAUUGCAUACAAAUAUGAUUUCAUCUUCAGAGGCAACAAGUAGAACUGAGCUGUCAACCUCUGAAUAUGAAACACCCUUUGACUCUACAUCUGCAGAACCACUAACUGCAUCCUCUUUAUUUACAUCAGAACCCAGCAUUUCUCCAAUCUCAUCUACAGAGCAAUCCAAUUCAGCCUCUCUUCUUUUUACAACAGAGCCCAGCACAGCUACCAAACAUACUUCAGAAUUUUCCAGCACAGUUGCUUCAACAUCUACUGAAGAAAGUAAUACUCUUGAGUCAUCAUCCAAAAUGCUCACAUCUAUAUUCACUGAAACUUCUGAAAGUGAAAGUGCUUCUGCAUCUCCAACAACUGAACAAUCUACUGAAUUACAUUCUUUCCUAUCUGAGACUACUUUAAAUCAACCAUCUGCUUCUUCACUUCUAACAUCACCAAAGGCAACAAUAGGGGAAACAUUGCAUACAAAUAUGAUUUCAUCUUCAGAGGCAACAAGUAGAACUGAGCUGUCAACCUCUGAAUAUGAAACACCUUUUGACUCUACAUCUGCAGAACCACUAACUGCAUCCUCUUUAUUUACAUCAGAACCCAGCAUGUCUCUAAUCUCAUCUUCAGAGCAAUCCAAUUCAGCCUCUCUUCUUUUUACAACAGAGCCCAGCACAGCUGCCAAACAUACUUCAGAAUUUUCCAGCACAGUUACUUCAACAUCUACUGAAGAAAGUAAUACUCAUGAGUCAUCAUCCAAAAUGCUCACAUCUAUAUUCACGGAAACAAUUGCUCAAAGUUUAAGUGACCUUGCUUCCCCAACAACUGAACAAUCUACUGAAUUACAUUCUUUACUAUCUGAGACUACUUCAAAUGAACCAUCUGCUUCUUCAAGUCUAACAUCACCAAAGGCAACAAUAAGGGAAACAUCGCAUACAAAUAUGAUUUCAUCUUCAGAGGCAACAAGUAGAACUGAGCUGUCAACCUCUGAAUAUGAAACACCCUUUGACGCUGCAUCUGCAGAACCACUAACUACAUCCUCUUUAUUUACAUCAGAACCCAGCAUUUCUCCAAUCUCAUCUACAGAGCAAUCCAAUUCAGCCACUCUUCUUUUUACAACAGAGCCCAGCACAGCUGCCAAACAUACUUCAGAAUUUUCCAGCACAGUUACAUCAACAUCUACUGAAGAAAGUAAUACUCUUGAGUCAUCAUCCAAAAUGCUCACAUCUAUAUUCACUGAAACUUCUGAAAGUGAAAGUGCUUCUGCAUCUCCAACAACUGAACAAUCUACUGAAUUACAUUCUUUCCUCUCUGAGACUACUUUAAAUCAACCAUCUGCUUCUUCACUUCUAACAUCACCAAAGGCAACAAUAAGGGAAACGUUGCAUACAAAUAUGAUUUCAUCUUCAGAGGCAACAAGUAGAACUGAGCUGUCAACCUCCGAAAAUGGAACACCCUUUGACUCUACAUCUACAGAAGCAAUGACCACAUCAUCUACAUUUACAUCAGAACCCAGCAUUUCUCUAAUCUCGUCUACAGAGCCAUCCAAUUCCGCCUCUCUUCUUUUUACAACAGAACCCAGCACAGCUGCCAAACAUACUUCAGAAUUUUCCAGCACAGUUACUUCAACAUCUACUGAAGAAAGUAAUACUCUUGAGUCAUCAUCCAAAAUGCUCACAUCUAUAUUCACUGAAACUUCUGAAAGUGAAAAUGCUUCUGCAACUCCAACAACUGAACAAUCUACCGAAUUACAUUCUUUCCUAUCUGAGACUACUUUAAAUGAACCAUCUGCUUCUUCACUUCUAACAUCACCAAAGGCAACAAUAAGGGAAACAUCGCAUACAAAUAUGAUUUCAUCUUCAGAGGCAACAAGUAGAACUGAGCUGUCAACCUCUGAAUAUGAAACACCUUUUGACUCUACAUCUGCAGAACCACUAACUGCAUCCUCUUUAUUUACAUCAGAACCCAGCAUUUCUCCAAUCUCAUCUACAGAGCAAUCCAAUUCAGCCUCUCUUCUUUUUACAACAGAGCCCAGCACAGCUGCCAAACAUACUUCAGAAUUUUCCAGCACAGUUACUUCAACAUCUACUGAAGAAAGUAAUACUCAUGAGUCAUCAUCCAAAAUGCUCACAUCUAUAUUCACGGAAACAAUUGCUCAAAGUUUAAGUGACCUUGCUUCCCCAACAACUGAACAAUCUACUGAAUUACAUUCUUUCCUAUCUGAGACUACUUCAAAUGAACCAUCUGCUUCUUCAAGUCUAACAUCACCAAAGGCAACAAUAAGGGAAACAUUGCAUACAAAUAUGAUUUCAUCUUCAGAGGCAACAAGUAGAACUGAGCUGUCAACCUCUGAAUAUGAAACACCCUUUGACGCUGCAUCUGCAGAACCACUAACUACAUCCUCUUUAUUUACAUCAGAACCCAGCAUUUCUCCAAUCUCAUCUACAGAGCAAUCCAAUUCAGCCACUCUUCUUUUUACAACAGAGCCCAGCACAGCUGCCAAACAUACUUCAGAAUUUUCCAGCACAGUUACUUCAACAUCUACUGAAGAAAUUAAUACUCUUGAGUCAUCAUCCAAAAUGCUCACAUCUAUAUUCACGGAAACAAUUGCUCAAAGUGUAAGUGACUUUGCUUCCCCAACAACUGAACAAUCAACUGAAUCACAUUCUUUCCUAUAUGAGACUACUUCAAAUGAACCAUCUGCUUCUUCAAGUCUAACAUCACCAAAGGCAACAAUAAGGGAAACAUCGCAUACAAAUAUGAUUUCAUCUUCAGAGGCAACAAGUAGAACUGAGCUGUCAACCUCCGAAAAUGAAACACCCUUUGACUUUACAUCUACAGAGGCACUGACUACAUCAUCUACAUUUACAUCAGAACCCAGCAUUUCUCUAAUCUCGUCUACAGAGCCAUCAAAUUCAGCCACUCUUCUUUUUACAACAGAGCCCAGCACAGCUGUCAAACACACUUCAGAAUUUUCCAGCACAGUUACUUCAACAUCUACUGAAGAAAGUAAUACUCAUGGGUCAUCAUCCAAAAUGCUUACAUCUAUAUUCACUGAAACUUCUGAAAGUGAAAGUGCUUCUGCAUCUCCAACAACUGAACAAUCUACCGAAUUACAUUCUUUCCUAUCUGAGACUACUUUAAAUGAACCAUCUGCUUCUUCACUUCUAACAUCACCAAAGGCAACAAUAGGGGAAACAUUGCAUACAAAUAUGAUUUCAUCUUCAGAGGCAACAAGUAGAACUGAGCUGUCAACCUCUGAAUAUGAAACACCUUUUGACUCUACAUCUGCAGAACCACUAACUGCAUCCUCUUUAUUUACAUCAGAUCCUAGCAUGUCUCUAAUCUCAUCUACAGAGCAAUACAAUUCAGCCUCUCUUCUUUUUACAACAGAGCCCAGCACAGCUGCCAAACAUACUUCAGAAUUUUCCAGCACAGUUAUUUCAACAUCUACUAAAGAAAUUAAUACUCAUGAGUCAUCAUCCAAAAUGCUCACAUCCAUAUUCACUGAAACUUCUGAAAGUGAAAGUGACCCUGCUUCCACAACAACUGAACAAUCUACUGAAUUACAUUCUUUCCUAUCUGAGACUACUUCAAAUGAGCCAUCUGCUUCUUCAAGUCUAACAUCACCAAAGGCAACAAUAAGGGAAACAUUGCAUACAAAUAUGAUUUCAUCUUCAGAGGCAACAAGUAGAACUGAGCUGUCAACCUCUGAAUAUGAAACACCCUUUGACUCUACAUCUGCAGAACCACUGACUACAUCAUCUACAUUUGCAUCAGAACCCAGCAUUUCUCCAAUCUCGUCUACAGAGCCAUCCAAUUCAGCCUCUCUUCUUUUUACAACAGAGCCCAGCACAGCUGCCAAACAUACUUCAGAAUUUUCCAGCACAGUUACUUCAACAUCUACUGAAGAAAGUAAUACUCUUGAGUCAUCAUCCAAAAUGCUCACAUCUAUAUUCACUGAAACUUCUGAAAGUGAAAGUGCUUCUGCAUCUCCAACAACUGAACAAUCUACUGAAUUACAUUCUUUCCUAUCUGAGACUACUUUAAAUCAACCAUCUGCUUCUUCACUUCUAACAUCACCAAAGGCAACAAUAGGGGAAACAUUGCAUACAAAUAUGAUUUCAUCUUCAGAGGCAACAAGUAGAACUGAGCUGUCAACCUCUGAAUAUGAAACACCUUUUGACUCUACAUCUGCAGAACCACUAACUGCAUCCUCUUUAUUUACAUCAGAACCCAGCAUGUCUCUAAUCUCAUCUUCAGAGCAAUCCAAUUCAGCCUCUCUUCUUUUUACAACAGAGCCCAGCACAGCUGCCAAACAUACUUCAGAAUUUUCCAGCACAGUUACUUCAACAUCUACUGAAGAAAGUAAUACUCUUGAGUCAUCAUCCAAAAUGCUCACAUCUAUAUUCACGGAAACAAUUGCUCAAAGUGUAAGUGACUUUGCUUCCCCAACAACUGAACAAUCAACUGAAUCACAUUCUUUCCUAUAUGAGACUACUUCAAAUGAACCAUCUGCUUCUUCAAGUCUAACAUCACCAAAGGCAACAAUAAGGGAAACAUUGCAUACAAAUAUGAUUUCAUCUUCAGAGGCAACAAGUAGAACUGAGCUGUCAACCUCCGAAAAUGAAACACCCUUUGACUCUACAUCUGCAGAAGCACUGACUACAUCAUCUACAUUUACAUCAGAACCCAGCAUUUCUCUAAUCUCGUCUACAGAGCCAUCAAAUUCAGCCACUCUUCUUUUUACAACAGAGCCCAGCACAGCUGUCAAACACACUUCAGAAUUUUCCAGCACAGUUACUUCAACAUCUACUGAAGAAAGUAAUACUCAUGUGUCAUCAUCCAAAAUGCUUACAUCUAUAUUCACUGAAACUUCUGAAAGUGACCCUGCUUCUGCAUCUCCAACAACUGAACAAUCUACCGAAUUACAUUCUUUCCUAUCUGAGACUACUUUAAAUGAACCAUCUGCUUCUUCACUUCUAACAUCACCAAAGGCAACAAUAGGGGAAACAUUGCAUACAAAUAUGAUUUCAUCUUCAGAGGCAACAAGUAGAACUGAGCUGUCAACCUCUGAAUAUGAAACACCUUUUGACUCUACAUCUGCAGAACCACUAACUGCAUCCUCUUUAUUUACAUCAGAACCCAGCAUUUCUCUAAUCUCAUCUACAGAGCAAUCCAAUUCAGCCUCUCUUCUUUUUACAACAGAGCCCAGCACAGCUGCCAAACAUACUUCAGAAUUUUCCAGCACAGUUACUUCAACAUCUACUAAAGAAAUUAAUACUCAUGAGUCAUCAUCCAAAAUGCUCACAUCCAUAUUCACUGAAACUCCUGAACGUGAAAGUGACCCUGCUUCCACAACAACUGAACAAUCUACUGAAUUACAUUCUUUCCUAUCUGAGACUACUUUAAAUCAACCAUCUGCUUCUUCAAGUCUAACAUCACCAAAGGCAACAAUAAGGGAAACAUCGCAUACAAAUAUGAUUUCAUCUUCAGAGGCAACAAGUAGAACUAAGCUGUCAACCUCCGAAAAUGGAACACCCUUUGACUCUACAUCUACAGAAGCAAUGACCACAUCAUCUACAUUUACAUCAGAACCCAGCAUUUCUCUAAUCUCGUCUACAGAGCCAUCCAAUUCAGCCUCUCUUCUUUUUACAACAGAACCCAGCACAGCUGCCAAACAUACUUCAGAAUUUUCCAGCACAGUUACUUCAACAUCUACUGAAGAAAGUAAUACUCUUGAGUCAUCAUCCAAAAUGCUCACAUCUAUAUUCACUGAAACUUCUGAAAGUGAAAGUGCUUCUGCAAUUCCAACAACUGAACAAUCUACUGAAUUACAUUCUUUCCUAUCUGAGACUACUUUAAAUGAACCAUCUGCUUCUUCACUUCUAACAUCACCAAAGGCAACAAUAAGGGAAACAUCGCAUACAAAUAUGAUUUCAUCUUCAGAGGCAACAAGUAGAACUGAGCUGUCAACCUCUGAAUAUGAAACACCCUUUGACUCUACAUCUGCAGAACCACUAACUGCAUCCUCUUUAUUUACAUCAGAACCCAGCAUUUCUCCAAUCUCAUCUACAGAGCAAUCCAAUUCAGCCUCUCUUCUUUUUACAACAGAGCCCAGCACAGCUACCAAACAUACUUCAGAAUUUUCCAGCACAGUUGCUUCAACAUCUACUGAAGAAAUUAAUACUCUUGAGUCAUCAUCCAAAAUGCUCACAUCUAUAUUCACUGAAACUUCUGAAAGUGAAAGUGCUUCUGCAUCUCCAACAACUGAACAAUCUACUGAAUUACAUUCUUUCCUAUCUGAGACUACUUUAAAUCAACCAUCUGCUUCUUCACUUCUAACAUCACCAAAGGCAACAAUAGGGGAAACAUUGCAUACAAAUAUGAUUUCAUCUUCAGAGGCAACAAGUAGAACUGAGCUGUCAACCUCUGAAUAUGAAACACCUUUUGACUCUACAUCUGCAGAACCACUAACUGCAUCCUCUUUAUUUACAUCAGAACCCAUCAUGUCUCUAAUCUCAUCUUCAGAGCAAUCCAAUUCAGCCUCUCUUCUUUUUACAACAGAGCCCAGCACAGCUGCCAAACAUACUUCAGAAUUUUCCAGCACAGUUACUUCAACAUCUACUGAAGAAAGUAAUACUCAUGAGUCAUCAUCCAAAAUGCUCACAUCUAUAUUCACGGAAACAAUUGCUCAAAGUUUAAGUGACCUUGCUUCCCCAACAACUGAACAAUCUACUGAAUUACAUUCUUUACUAUCUGAGACUACUUCAAAUGAACCAUCUGCUUCUUCAAGUCUAACAUCACCAAAGGCAACAAUAAGGGAAACAUCGCAUACAAAUAUGAUUUCAUCUUCAGAGGCAACAAGUAGAACUGAGCUGUCAACCUCUGAAUAUGAAACACCCUUUGACGCUGCAUCUGCAGAACCACUAACUACAUCCUCUUUAUUUACAUCAGAACCCAGCAUUUCUCCAAUCACAUCUACAGAGCAAUCCAAUUCAGCCACUCUUCUUUUUACAACAGAGCCCAGCACAGCUGCCAAACAUACUUCAGAAUUUUCCAGCACAGUUACUUCAACAUCUACUGAAGAAAGUAAUACUCUUGAGUCAUCAUCCAAAAUGCUCACAUCUAUAUUCACUGAAACUUCUGAAAGUGAAAGUGCUUCUGCAUCUCCAACAACUGAACAAUCUACUGAAUUACAUUCUUUCCUCUCUGAGACUACUUUAAAUCAACCAUCUGCUUCUUCACUUCUAACAUCACCAAAGGCAACAAUAAGGGAAACGUUGCAUACAAAUAUGAUUUCAUCUUCAGAGGCAACAAGUAGAACUGAGCUGUCAACCUCUGAAAAUGGAACACCCUUUGACUCUACAUCUACAGAAGCAAUGACCACAUCAUCUACAUUUACAUCAGAACCCAGCAUUUCUCUAAUCUCGUCUACAGAGCCAUCCAAUUCCGCCUCUCUUCUUUUUACAACAGAACCCAGCACAGCUGCCAAACAUACUUCAGAAUUUUCCAGCACAGUUACUUCAACAUCUACUGAAGAAAGUAAUACUCUUGAGUCAUCAUCCAAAAUGCUCACAUCUAUAUUCACUGAAACUUCUGAAAGUGAAAAUGCUUCUGCAACUCCAACAACUGAACAAUCUACCGAAUUACAUUCUUUCCUAUCUGAGUCUACUUUAAAUGAACCAUCUGCUUCUUCACUUCUAACAUCACCAAAGGCAACAAUAAGGGAAACAUCGCAUACAAAUAUGAUUUCAUCUUCAGAGGCAACAAGUAGAACUGAGCUGUCAACCUCUGAAUAUGAAACACCUUUUGACUCUACAUCUGCAGAACCACUAACUGCAUCCUCUUUAUUUACAUCAGAACCCAGCAUUUCUCCAAUCUCAUCUACAGAGCAAUCCAAUUCAGCCUCUCCUCUUUUUACAACAGAGCCCAGCACAGCUGCCAAACAUACUUCAGAAUUUUCCAGCACAGUUACUUCAACAUCUACUGAAGAAAGUAAUACUCAUGAGUCAUCAUCCAAAAUGCUCACAUCUAUAUUCACGGAAACAAUUGCUCAAAGUUUAAGUGACCUUGCUUCCCCAACAACUGAACAAUCUACUGAAUUACAUUCUUUCCUAUCUGAGACUACUUCAAAUGAACCAUCUGCUUCUUCAAGUCUAACAUCACCAAAGGCAACAAUAAGGGAAACAUCGCAUACAAAUAUGAUUUCAUCUUCAGAGGCAACAAGUAGAACUGAGCUGUCAACCUCUGAAUAUGAAACACCCUUUGACACUGCAUCUGCAGAACCACUAACUACAUCCUCUUUAUUUACAUCAGAACCCAGCAUUUCUCCAAUCUCAUCUACAGAGCAAUCCAAUUCAGCCACUCUUCUUUUUACAACAGAGCCCAGCACAGCUGCCAAACAUACUUCAGAAUUUUCCAGCACAGUUACUUCAACAUCUACUGAAGAAAUUAAUACUCUUGAGUCAUCAUCCAAAAUGCUCACAUCUAUAUUCACGGAAACAAUUGCUCAAAGUGUAAGUGACUUUGCUUCCCCAACAACUGAACAAUCAACUGAAUCACAUUCUUUCCUAUAUGAGACUACUUCAAAUGAACCAUCUGCUUCUUCAAGUCUAACAUCACCAAAGGCAACAAUAAGGGAAACAUCGCAUACAAAUAUGAUUUCAUCUUCAGAGGCAACAAGUAGAACUGAGCUGUCAACCUCCGAAAAUGAAACACCCUUUGACUUUACAUCUACAGAGGCACUGACUACAUCAUCUACAUUUACAUCAGAACCCAGCAUUUCUCUAAUCUCGUCUACAGAGCCAUCAAAUUCAGCCACUCUUCUUUUUACAACAGAGCCCAGCACAGCUGUCAAACACACUUCAGAAUUUUCCAGCACAGUUACUUCAACAUCUACUGAAGAAAGUAAUACUCAUGGGUCAUCAUCCAAAAUGCUUACAUCUAUAUUCACUGAAACUUCUGAAAGUGAAAGUGCUUCUGCAUCUCCAACAACUGAACAAUCUACCGAAUUACAUUCUUUCCUAUCUGAGACUACUUUAAAUGAACCAUCUGCUUCUUCACUUCUAACAUCACCAAAGGCAACAAUAGGGGAAACAUUGCAUACAAAUAUGAUUUCAUCUUCAGAGGCAACAAGUAGAACUGAGCUGUCAACCUCUGAAUAUGAAACACCUUUUGACUCUACAUCUGCAGAACCACUAACUGCAUCCUCUUUAUUUACAUCAGAACCCAGCAUGUCUCUAAUCUCAUCUACAGAGCAAUCCAAUUCAGCCUCUCUUCUUUUUACAACAGAGCCCAGCACAGCUGCCAAACAUACUUCAGAAUUUUCCAGCACAGUUACUUCAACAUCUACUAAAGAAAUUAAUACUCAUGAGUCAUCAUCCAAAAUGCUCACAUCCAUAUUCACUGAAACUUCUGAAAGUGAAAGUGACCCUGCUUCCACAACAACUGAACAAUCUACUGAAUUACAUUCUUUCCUAUCUGAGACUACUUCAAAUGAGCCAUCUGCUUCUUCAAGUCUAACAUCACCAAAGGCAACAAUAAGGGAAACAUUGCAUACAAAUAUGAUUUCAUCUUCAGAGGCAACAAGUAGAACUGAGCUGUCAACCUCUGAAUAUGAAACACCCUUUGACUCUACAUCUGCAGAACCACUGACUACAUCAUCUACAUUUGCAUCAGAACCCAGCAUUUCUCCAAUCUCGUCUACAGAGCCUUCCAAUUCAGCCUCUCUUCUUUUUACAAUAGAGCCCAGCACAGCUGCCAAACAUACUUCAGAUUUUUCCAGCACAGUUACUUCAACAUCUACUGAAGAAAGUAAUACUCUUGAGUCAUCAUCCAAAAUGCUCACAUCUAUAUUCACUGAAACUUCUGAAAGUGAAAGUGCUUCUGCAUCUCCAACAACUGAACAAUCUACUGAAUUACAUUCUUUCCUAUCUGAGACUACUUUAAAUCAACCAUCUGCUUCUUCACUUCUAACAUCACCAAAUGCAACAAUAAGGGAAACAUUGCAUACAAAUAUGAUUUUAUCUUCAGAGGCAACAAGUAGAACUGAGCUGUCAACCUCCGAAAAUGGAACACCCUUUGACUCUACAUCUACAGAAGCAAUGACCACAUCAUCUACAUUUACAUCAGAACCCAGCAUUUCUCUAAUCUCGUCUACAGAGCCAUCCAAUUCAGCCUCUCUUCUUUUUACAACAGAACCCAGCACAGCUGCCAAACAUACUUCAGAAUUUUCCAGCACAGUUACUUCAACAUCUACUGAAGAAAGUAAUACUCUUGAGUCAUCAUCCAAAAUGCUCACAUCUAUAUUCACUGAAACUUCUGAAAGUGAAAGUGUUUCUGCAACAACUGAACAAUCUACCGAAUUACAUUCUUUCCUAUCUGAGACUACUUUAAAUGAACCAUCUGCUUCUUCACAUCUAACAUCACUAAAGGCAACAAUAAGGGAAACAUUGCAUACAAAAACGAUUUCAUCUUCAGAAACGACAAGCCAGUCAUCUCUUUUAACUUCAGAAACCAGUACUUCUGAAACUUUAACCUCAGACUCAUUUAGUACAAUCAGUGAUUUUUCAAUGACAGAAACCAACAUACUUCCUAAACCUACAGAGCAAAGCUUUAGUAAUUCUGUUUCCACAUCCGAUAAAACGAAUACGACUUCCGAGUUAUCUUCAAAAAUGAAAACAAGUUCAAACUCUAUUACAAAUUCUGAAGAUCAAAGUACCUCUGUUUACCGAACAUCUAAAAAAUCUUCUUUGGUGGAUUCUAACACCUCUCAAAGCACACCUGUUCAUUCACCUAUUUCUUCAAUUGUUACAGUACCACAGACAACAGAAGUGGAAACACCACAAGCUAUGGAAUUCUCUACUUCAAAAAUAAUAGACACCCCUACUCUAGCCACCUCUGAACAUGUAUUUAGCUUUACUACUACUGUAAAUCAGACUAUGCCAUUUGCAUUUACUACAGACACUUCUGAAGCUUUGUCUACAGAAUCAUCUAGUAAAACUGAUAUGUUUUCCAGGACAGAAACCAGCACACAUCCUACAUCUACUUUACAAGUCUCUGGUAUCAAAACAUCUGCAUCCACUACAGUAACUAAUAUGUCUGCAUCGUCGACAUUCACCGUCAAAACUACUGAAAUUGAAAGCACCCCUGCUUUUCCAGCCACAAAACAGUCUACAGAGUUUAUUAUAUCUUCAACUAGCUUACUUCAACCUUCUGCUUCUUCAGCCAACACAUUGCCAAAGGCAACAAAUAUGAAAACACCAGUGGCAUAUUCAAGAGAAACAGAUAGCUAUACACUUUCAACCUCUGAACAUAGAGUAACAUCUGAUUUUACAUCUGAUAAACUACCAACAAUGUCUUCAUUUACCUCAGAAAUUGUCAAUUCUGAAUCUUUAUCUACAAAAUUACCCAAUACAAAUGGUCUUUUUUCAGCUACGGAGUCUAGCUCAUCUUCUACUUCAAAAAUUCUCAGUAUGUUUGUUUCCACACCAGCUACAAAUGAUUUCAUCACUAAAACGGCUAAAAUUGAGAGCCCCCCUGCUACCCCAACAACUGGACAGUCUAAUGUGUCAUUUUUUAGCAUGCCUGAAACCACAUCAUACCAGCCAAAAAACAUGGAAACAUCAUCUGCAGUCUCAACGGCUGAACACUCUACCUCUUUGGCGUCUAGUUCCCAUAAAACCACAUCACUUAAACAUUUUACUUCUUCAACCAUGACUUCUCUAAAGCCGUCAGAUAAGGAAGCAUUGAGUGUUAAUGAUUUUUCAACUUCACAAAUCCCUAGCAGCUCAACACAAUCACAAUUAAAAGGUUCCUCAGCACCUAUCCCUAAUGCAACUACUACAUCUAAAGCUUCUACCACAUUUACUGAAAAUAAUGGUGUAUCUACAUCAGCUAGCUCAGAGACAACAUCAUCUUUGUUUUAUGUCCCAUCAUCCAGCACUGUUUUGAAUUCAACAGCAUUUCUCAGUGAUUCAUCUUCAUCAUCGUCACAAACAGGUACAUUUUUCUUUUAA